GGCCGGGAGAGAGAGGAGCCGGGACUGAGUUCACGCCUCACUUGGUGCACACACACCAUGCUGAUCCUGGAGAGCCUCCUACCAUAACAACCCCUCUGUACCCUCCUCGCUGGGAGCUCGAUCUCUCCCCACAAAGCCGGGGGGGGGGGGGGGAGGAAGAGAAGAGGGCGAGUGUGUGUGCAAAGCUGCAUUUCAACCCUGCUGUAAUUUCCUACUAGGAGCUUCCUUUUCUUUUUCAGCACCCUCCUCCCCCCAAUUUGGGUGCCUCCCGUGUGUAUCUAUAUAAUUUUUUCCCCUAAAAAUGUCGGUCUGUUUUGUAGAAACUGAUCAAGGAUCGGUGGCGCUGAAAGCUUUGCAGAAGUUCACCACAAUGUCCAGUGACAGGCAAAGGUCAGAUGAUGAAAGUCCAAGUACCAGCAGUGGUAGUUCAGAUGCAGAUCAGAGGGACCCACCAGCACCAGAACCUGAAGAGCAAGAAGAAAGAAAACCUUCUGCAACCCAACAGAAGAAAAAUACCAAACUAUCCAGCAAAACUACUGCUAAGCUAUCCACUAGUGCUAAAAGGUAAUGACUAU